AUGAAUUCAUCGGGGCGCGAGAACAAGCUCUACCGCUGUCCGCCAACUCCGCCGCUGGAACAACAGAGGUCUCUUGAGCAUGCGUUUAUUUUGGACGGCGUGGCGGCCGCCAGCAUCUCCAGGGAGUGUGCUCAGUACACCACCAAUUUCGUCAGCAUAUAUCCGCCCUACAACGCUGCAAAUGUACCGACAAAGGUCGUUGCUGGCGUUGGAGAAGCAGCAACAAUACCCAGAAAUGCGAUAGAUUAUCUGCAAAAACGCAACGCGAAUGGAUAUGGUCACUCUGAAGACCUAGUUUUGGGACAUCCGGUCAAGUCUACUCCCCUCUUUCACGGCGACAGUGAUCUCGUAUCACAGGCGCGUUGCUUUAUUCGCGAACAUCAUAUUCAUUAA